UAUCACUAUCAUAAUCAUAAUUAGCUUCUAUUUCAUUGUGACGCAUAAGGACUAGAAAUAACUGUUCUAGAAGGAAUUCUCUUCGUUCUGCUUUCUGGGUCUGUUUCAAGUUUUGCUUUUUUUGGUUGUUACUCCUUCUUAAAAUAUAAGCAAGAGGAUAAAAAGGGUCUUGGAUCAUUGAGUCAUUCUAAGUGUUUUCUACUGUUGUUUGGUACUUGGAAGAGGUUCUAAUUUGUUUAGUUGGUGAAUGUUCAAGAAGGGUCCAAAAGUUACAGAUAAAAGGGUGGUGGGAAUGUUCAAGUUAUAGUGUUUAAGAAUGCAGUGAGUUGCCUGGUGUAUUAGGCCAUACAACUCUUUCAAGUGCUAAUAGAACUUGGAAAGGUCCUGAGUUUCUGACUUGCAGCUUGCCUGGUGCUUGAAAAAAGUCCUCAUUUGUUCAAUACUGAAUCUAGGAAAAUGGUUAUCAGUUAGGUGCUUGUGUUCUCUUUGCGUUUUGGUUAAUCUGAAGCCGUUUCAAGUGCAAGUACUUAAUAAUCGCUUUAUCCUUGAAAGUAGUUCUAAGCUGUUCGUUUAGGAACUUAUAAACGGUGAUAACUGCCUGCCAUUAUGCAAACCAUGGCAUCAGUUUUUUCUUUCCGGACAUCACCUUAUUUUCUGAUAAAUUCAGAUAUUAAGCCCCAGGUUCGAGUGAGAGUUCAGAGUUUGGAUAGUAGUGAUUCAACAAUGCUGUCAUCUGAUUCAGUGGUAGUGAAUGGAAGUUCUUUUAUUGAACAGAAAGAGAAGAAUGGAUCUCUUAUUGGCGGAGGCACAGAGAAAGAGGAAGGUAGGGCUUUGAUUGAUGGAGGAAAUGGGAGACUGAAGACUAGAGUUGAGAAAAAAUGGGUCAAAGAUGUUACAAAAGAUUUGGAAGUGUUGUGGGAUGAUGGAUAUGGGACCAACACAGUGAAGGAUUAUCUUGGUGUAGCCAAGGAGAUGAUUAGGCCUGAUGGAGGGCCACCUCGUUGGUUUUGCCCUGUUGAAUGUGGGCAACCUUUAGAAGAUUCUCCAACUCUUCUGUUUUUACCAGGGAUGGAUGGUGUUGGCUUGGGACUUACUUUGCACCAUAAAGCUCUUGGGAAGGCGUUCGAGGUUAGAUGCCUUCAUAUUCCAGUAUAUGACAGAACACCAUUUGAAGGAUUGGUGAAAUUUGUUGAAGAAACUGUGAGGAUUGAGCAUACUUCAUCACCAACAAAGCCAAUUUAUCUAGUGGGGGAUUCUUUUGGUGGAUGUCUAGCACUUGCUCUUGCUGCCCGUAAUCCUAAAAUUGACCUUGUGUUGAUACUUUCCAAUCCAGCUACAUCAUUUGGCCGGUCACAGCUACAACCGUUGUUUCCCCUCUUGGAGGCUUUGCCUGAUGGAUUACAUGAUGUAGUCCCCUAUCUUCUUAGCGUGGUUAUGGGUGAUCCAAUGAAGAUGGCGAUGGUUGAUGUUGAAUAUAAACUUCCUGCCAGAUCAAAAAUUGAACGACUAUCUGGCAAUCUUACUGCUUUGCUGCCACUUCUUUCUGGUUUGGCUGACAUCAUCCCGAAAGAUACUCUUCUUUGGAAGUUGAAACUGCUCAAAUCAGCUUCUUCUUAUGCCAAUUCACGUCUUCAUGCUGUAAAAGCUGAAGUACUAGUGCUUUCUAGUGGCAAGGAUUAUAUGCUACCCAGUGGUGAUGAAGCUAAGCGUCUUAAGAGUUCAUUACAGAAUUGCACAGUUCGUCACUUCAAAGACAAUGGGCAUACACUUCUACUGGAAGAUGGGAUUAGUUUGCUUACUAUUAUUAAAGGCACUGGCAAAUACCGUCGUUCAAGGAGGCUUGAUUUUGUCUCCGACUUUCUACCACCUAGCAUGUCAGAAUUCAAAUCUGGCUUUGAUGAAGUAGUUGGGAAUUUGCGCUUUGCUACUGGUUCUGCUAUGUUCUCAACUCUGGAUGACGGAAGGAUAGUGAGAGGUCUUUCUGGAGUUCCGGAUAAAGGUCCUGUCUUAUUAGUUGGUUACCACAUGCUGAUGGGAUUUGAACUUUAUUCCCUUGCUGAAGAAUUUUUGAGAGAGAAGAAUAUUUUAGUGCGUGGUCUAGCACAUCCAACACUUUUUAACGGGGGGCUUGAGAAUUCAUCUAAUGAAUUUUCUUUAUCUGAUUGGAUGAGAGUAAUGGGUGCAGUACCUGUCACAGCAAGCAAUCUUUUCAAAUUGCUUUCAGCACAAUCGCAUGUGCUUCUUUAUCCAGGAGGUGCGCGGGAGGCUCUGCACUACAAAGGUGAAGAGUAUCAGUUAUUUUGGCCUGUUCAGCAAGAAUUUGUGAGAAUGGCUGCAAGGUUUGGGGCUACAAUUGUACCAUUUGGUUCUGUUGGAGAAGAUGACAUAGCAGAAUUGGUCCUUGAUUACCGUGAUCUAAUGAAAAUCCCUGUGGUAAAUGACUACAUUAGAGAGAUUACCCGAACUGCUCCAAGAAUCAGGGAUGAGAUUCAAGGAGAGGUUGCCAACCAAGAACUAUUUCUUCCGGGGCUUUUGCCUAAACUACCUGGUCGCUUUUAUUUUCUUUUCGGCAAGCCCAUUGAAACAAAGGGAAAGGAAGAGCAGUUGAAAAACAAAAGUUAUGCAAAUGAGAUGUACUUGCAGGUAAAAUCCGAAGUUAGACGCAAUAUAGACUACCUAUUGAAGAAGCGAGAGGAAGAUCCUUAUAGAAAUAUCAUUGAUAGAACUCUACAUCGUGCAGUAUACUCUCCUUUGGAUAAAGUACCGGCAUUUGAUCCCUAAAAGAUGUAUAGACAAUGCAGUAGUUAAUUUUAAAACUUCUAUACAGUUAUUGAUUCACUGAAAGUCAGUGUACCAGAGAAAGCACAUGUAAUGAAAACCGUGGUGCCUCUGGAAUCAGCUAUAUAUGAAAAGAAGUUUUCGAGCUUUUAACAAGCACUUUAAACA